AUGGAGGGAAAAGAGGUGUAUUUCCCCCGGCUGAUCAAGCAUAGCAUGUGGAGAGCCCAUAUUCACGGCUUGCUACCGUUUCCUACACUGGUCACUAAUUUGGUUGAGCUAGCUGAUGUCCCAUGGGAGGACGAUGAUAUGACACCAACACCCCCAGAGGACGAUGACAAGGAAGUUACCAUUCCAUGGGGUGGAUGGGUGCACGAGAAGCCCCCGACCAGCUGCCGUUCUCGAGCCAGAGCGGUGGUUGAGGCAGCUAGACCCUCAUCCUCCACGGCAGCAGGACCUGCCUCCUCCUCAGCAGCCGCGGCAUCCUUACCACCACCACCAGGCAUCGAGCUACCGCCGCUCCCAAACUCUCCUGCAUCCGACGAGCAGGAUCAGGAGGAGCUGGCUGAGGAGCCGACUCAUCAGGAUGCACCUCCAGAGACACAGGCUACCAUUGAGGUCCAGCAGCCUCCUGAGGAUCCACAGCCAUAUCCAGAGCCACAGCCAGUCCCAGUCUCACAGCCUGAGCCUGAGCCACAGCCUGACGCGAUUGAUUAUAAGGCAACCAUUGGAUGGAAGAAAUGA